AUGGCUCUUCACAACCCCAACAACUGGCACUGGGUUAAUAAGGAUGUUAGCCCCUGGACCAAGACCUAUCUCCAGGAUAGCUUGUCCAAGAUCUCUGCCGAAGAAAAUGGCGUUUCCGCCAAGGUUGAGAAAGUGCUCAGUAUGGAUGGCGACGUAGAUGUCAGCCAACGUAAAGGAAAGGUUAUUACUCUUUAUGAUGUGAAAUUGCAGCUAGAAUACGAAGGUAAAACUAAGGAUGAGGAGACCGUGACCGGCACAAUCACCAUUCCCGAAGUCGCUCAUGAUACCGAAGAGGAUGAGUUUGUCUUUGAAAUCAGUGUCUACUCGGAGUCGUCGUCAAAGCAGCCCGUAAAGGAUCUUGUUCGAUCUAAGAUUGUUCCUCAAUUACGUGUCGCGCUUGCCAAACUUCCUCAGGUUCUCGUCUCGGAACAUGGAAAAGAUAUUCAGCAUGCUCCCGGCUCAAACCCUUCAAGCGGAUUUGCGACCCCGGCUUAUCACCCACAAAAGUCGUCCAGCCCAGCAGUUGGUACCUCCAAGACUACCACUACAUCCACUGGCAAAGUCUCCGUCAACACCACAACCGUCACUGCCUCGGAUGAAUUCCGAACCACCGCGGAAGAAUUGUACACCACAUUCACCGAUCCUCAACGCAUCGCAGCAUUCACUCGCGGACCUCCCCUUCAAUUCGAUGGUGCCAAAGUCGGAGGCAAGUUCGCCAUCUUUGACGGCAACGUGACCGGCGAAUACGUUACCCUAGAGCCCUUUAAGCGAGUUGUCCAGAAAUGGCGCUUGGCUCAAUGGCCGGAAGGUCAUUUCAGCACGCAGGAAAUCGUCUUCAACCAAAACGAUGUCGACCGUGUGACUGUCAUGCAAGUUACCUGGACCGGUGUGCCCAUUGGUCAGGAGGAGGUUGUCCAGCGUAACUGGGAAGGAUAUUAUGUUCGCAGUAUUAAGCAGACCUUCGGGUUUGGCACGAUACUCUGA